AAACCGUAUAACGCAAGAUAGUCAACCAAGCUUUGAAAUUUACACUUUUGCGGCAACUCUCCAAAAAGGUGUGCUGCUGUUUCUCGAAGCGGAAAUCUAUAAAAAUAAAUGCAAAUUCGAAUUUUGUAUUUUUAGUAGUAAAAUGUGCAGCAACUAUGUUCGGUUCACGAUAUUACUAGCAACCUUGUUCGGAUUUUCAAUAGCUGAACGAAAAAGCGCUGAUAUUCUUCACGGAAAGGUGGUUGAUAUUACGGAACAUCCCUAUCAAGUGGCUCUACUCAAUACCAAAGUCAAUAAAAUUAUUUGUGGGGGAGUUAUAAUCAAGCCAAGGAUUGUAUUCACCGCUGCUCAUUGCACGCACACGAGAAAUGAUACUCCGAGGAAAAAUUUGGCUGUAUUGGUAGGCGCCAAUUAUGUGCAUGAUUAUGACGGAAAUCUACAUCAUAUCGACAAAGUGAUUAAACAUCCAGACUUCUCCUAUCAUACGUUGGACAGUGAUAUGUCGGUGCUACUAUUGAAGGAACCAAUCAAGUUUAGCGAAAAAGCGCGAAAUAUUGAUAUUUCCACAGAUGACCAUCCGGGUGGCACCAAAGCUUCAGUGUCUGGAUGGGGACGAACUGAGACUGGCGUCCAAUCAACACAUUUGAGAGCAGUACAAGUGGAACUGGAUCAUCACCACAACUGCCAUAAACAUUUCCCGGGUGUUUUUCAUCCGACCAUUACUGAGAAUAUGGUUUGUCUUAAACCGCACCAUAAAUCAACCUACUACGGGGACAGCGGAGGUCCAUUGACGGUGAAUGGAAAACUCGUGGGGUUGGUGUCGUUUGGUCGAACACUAAAGCCAAACAUGAAAACCUCAGUGUUUACCAAAGUGGGGAAUUUUCUGGAAUUUGUAGAAGAUUCUGUACCAAAGGAGUAUAUGGAGGAAUAAAUACCUUAAUUAUGAA